GCCGCUUCUCACCUAGCUCACCUUACAGCCGCUCUGCAGACACAUGACACCUGCACGCUGACAUGGAACCAGCGUACCGGGGUCUGGGUCGCUGCGUUUGCUGUUUCUGGUUGGCCGUGGCCUUCGACGUCGUAGGACUGCUCGUCCUUCUCAUCGGCGUGUUUGCGAACGUUUUUUUCUACGACCUCCUUAUCUACGCCGGCGCCAUAGUCAUCUUCCUCAGUCUGGUGUGGUGGGUCUUCUGGUACGCUGGAAAUAUUGAGGUGCUCGCCUCGGAACUGGAGGAUGACGUGGGUUUAGCAAAGAAGGACAAGGGUGGCAUCGGCGGUGCGGUUCGGCGCCUGUCCAACCGCGUAUCCAGCAGCAUCAGGAACUCGCUGCGCAGGAACGGAGAGGCGGUACCGGGCAGUGGCAGACGGCAAGGAGGAGCGCGGAGAUCGGCUGCGGGUCACAAUGUGGCCCCGCAUUCGGAGCAGGUGGUUGUUGCCAUGGCAACCUUGACGCCAAAUUUGGUGGGGUGCUACGACGCCGAGAUGCCGCCCACAGCAACUGAAACCUCUCCAACUUGAUGGAAAAAAAAAAACAAGAACAAGGAUACAUUCUGAAUUCAUUGCUGACCUGGGGAGAGUCUGGAAUCCGCUUCGACUUGGCUCAAUAUUAUUUUCUAAUUCUUUUUUAUUUUAUUUGUUCAAAAUCCAUAUGUUGAAUCAACAAACUGUCAAGUAUGUGGUUUAUGGAUAUUGAGUUGCAAUUGCCGUCAUAAUUAUAAAGAAUGGUCUAUAUUUUUAAUAAAAACAUUCAUCUGUAUUUACCUUGAAA